AAAAAACCAAAGGAAAAGAGAUAAAGAUCAGCCAGAUUGAUUGCUAAGAAUACUGAACGGUUUUCCUUUGCUUCAAACAUGCUCUUCGCUAAACCCAUCGCCUUUCUGCUAUCAGCUGUUCUUUCUUUCAUUUUGUUAAACACAAACAAGCUUGAUGCCGCUACGCUGCCUCAGGAUGAGGUGAAUGUUCUGAAUCAAAUUGCCAAAACGAUGGGAGGUAACAACUGGAAUUUCGAUGCCGGCAGUUGUGUCUCGGAGAAAGUGAACACGGACACGGGUGCGGGGAAAAACAUUACCUGCACUUGCCAAAACGACACCUGCCACGUUACACAUAUAGUAUUCAAACUUCAGAGUCUUCCAGGAGUACUUCCAUCUGAACUUGUAAACCUUCCUUACCUCAAAGAGAUUGAUUUUGCAUACAACUAUCUCAAUGGGACAAUCCCACCUGAAUGGGCUUCAAUGCAACUUGAGUUCAUCUCUGUCUUCGGAAAUCGACUAUCGGGGAACAUUCCGACUUAUUUGGGGAACAUUACCAGUCUUACAUACUUAGACCUUGAAGCAAAUCAAUUUUCAGGACAAGUCCCUCCAGAAAUUGGAAAGUUAGUUAACUUGAGAACUCUGAGAUUGUCUUCCAAUGGACUAACCGGAAAUUUGCCGGUUCAACUUGAAGCACUGAAAAACUUAACCGACUUUAGGAUAAAUGACAACAACUUUAAUGGGAGCAUACCGGCUUUCAUUUGGAACUGGAAGAAACUCGAAAGAUUAGAAAUGCAGGCUAGUGGACUUGAAGGUCCCAUUCCUUCAUCCAUCUCAGCUUUGGAAAACUUAGUAACUUUGAUAAUCAGUGAUAUAAACGGAGCGACUCAGCCUUUUCCUUAUCUUUGGAACAUGACAGCAAUCAAUCGGAUAAUAUUGAAGAAAUGCAACAUUGUUGGGCAAAUCCCACAAGAGACCUGGCAAAUGAGUAAAUUACGUGUUUUGGACCUCAGUUUUAACCUGUUGAGUGGGCAACUUGUCGAAGUCACUCUCCCUAAAGAUUUAAAAUUCCUCUAUCUUACAGGCAAUAAUCUCAGUGGAAAUAUACCUGCAUCAAUCUUGUCGACAGGACUUCCAGUGGACCUUUCCUACAAUAACUUCACAUGGCCAGGCCCCGAUCAGCCUGCUUGUUUACGAAAAUUGGAUAACAUAAAUUUGUUCCGCAGUUCUUCGACAGAAUACGUUAAAAGGGGAGUUAUUCCAUGCAGGAGCGAUUUCAAAUGUCAGAAAUAUUGGCAUUCUAUGUAUAUCAAUUGUGGUGGAACUAAUGAUGUGAAAAUGAAUGGGACUAUGUAUGUGGGAGAUGCAACAUCUGGUUUAGGUGGUGCUGCAACAUUAUAUGGGAACAACGAUAACUGGGGUUUUAGUAGCACUGGAGACUUCAGGGAUGACAAUGAUGAACUGAAUGCUGCAUCGCGUUAUCUGGUGCAGUCUACAAGCAUGUCUAACCAGUUGUAUGCUACUGCGCGUCUAUCUCCACUUUCAAUUACUUAUUUCCGAUAUUGUUUAGAGAAUGGGAGCUAUUCAGUGAGACUACACUUUGCCGAGAUCGAAAUCAUUAAUAGCACAAGAUAUGGAAGACUUGGCAGGCGCAUUUUCAACAUUUAUAUCCAGGACCAGCUGGUGGAAGAAAACUUCAAUAUAGAAGCUGAAGCUGGUGGUAUUCUUACUCCACUAACGAAACACUAUAAUGCCAAUGUAACAAAUGGUGAACUAGAGAUCCGCUUCUACUGGGCCGGAAAAGGUACUCAAGCAAUUCCUAGUCGAGGAGUCCAUGGCCCCCUCAUAUCAGCCAUCUCAGUCGAUCCCAAUUUCAAACCCCAGCAUAAGGAGAACAAAACAAAGACUGUGCCAAUCAUCAUUGGUGUAGUGGGAUCCUUUCUCGUGUUUUUGGCAUCCGGUAUUUUUAUCUGGAUGUACUGUUUUAAAGCCAAGAGCCAUAGAGAACAAGAUCUCAGGGGACUAGAUUUGCAAACAGUUUCGUUCACCUUAAAGCAGAUAAAGGCGGCUACUAACAAUUUUGAUUCUGGAAACAAGAUUGGUGAAGGUGGAUUUGGACCUGUUUACAAGGGUCAGCUAGCUGAUGGAACUAUAAUCGCUGUCAAGCAGCUUUCUUCAAAGUCGAGUCAGGGAAAUCGUGAAUUCUUGAAUGAGAUGGGGAUGUUUUCAUGUUUGCAGCACCCCAAUCUUGUGAAGCUUUAUGGAUGCUGUAUCGAAGGGAAUCAACUGUUGCUAGUGUAUGAGUACUUGGAAAAUAAUAGCCUUUCUCGGGCUUUGUUUGGACCGGAAUAUUCUCGAAUAAAUCUAGAUUGGCCUACCAGGCAGAAGAUUUGUGUCGGAAUAGCUAAAGGCAUAGCGUUUCUCCAUGAAGAGUCUAGACUCAAAAUUGUCCACAGAGACAUCAAAGGUACCAACGUUCUGCUUGAUAGAGACCUUAAUCCUAAAAUAUCUGACUUUGGGUUGGCCAAGCUUAGCGACGAGGAUAAAACUCACAUCAGCACACGAAUUGCUGGGACAAUAGGAUAUAUUGCACCAGAGUAUGCACUGUGGGGUUACUUGACCUACAAGGCAGAUGUUUAUAGCUUCGGAAUUGUGGCAUUGGAGCUUGUUAGUGGCAAACAUAAUAUGAAUUAUGGACCAGUGGACGAAUACACUUGCCUUCUAGAUUGGGCCUGUCAUUUACAACAAAGUGGAAAGCUUUUGGAGUUGGUCGAUGAUAAACUGGGAUCCGACUAUAACAAGUCGGAAGCAGAAAGGAUGAUUAAAGUAGCUCUCUUAUGCACCAAUGCUUCGCCCUCCCUGAGGCCGACAAUGUCCGAUGUGGUGGGAAUGCUGGAAGGAACAAUUACGAUUCCCGAUGUCAUCCCUAAUGCUAGUAGUUAUAAUGAAGAUUUGAGGUUUAAAGCUAUAAGAGAUCAUCGUAGCUAUAUGAGUAGUCAGGGGCACACAUCAACACCUGCAGGAUCUCUGUUCGAGUCUUCAUCUACUUCAGCUCGUGACAUCAAUGAAACCAAUGAGGAGUCAUGUAUUGAGGUUUAAAACCAUGGAAAGCCAGAAAUUUGUAGUACCUACUCAUCUUUAAUUCAUCCGAUCGAGCCAUAGAAAUGCACAAAGAUGUAUAGCUUGUGACUUAUCAUACCGAGUCAUAAAAUUAACCAUUAAUUUGAUGCUGCAAUCUUUUAUGGUUA